CCCCGAUCCCAUCCCAUCUAGAGCGUUCGAUGCAACCCUAUUCCUUCCACCCAAGGUCCCGGGAAUUUUAAUCUCGACCGGCUCACAUUCUUUGUUAUCGGAUCGAUCAGUAAUCUGUUGACGGACUGAUCACUAAUCAUUGUGAAACAUGGUCGGUCGGAGGUUAUGCAUCGGAUUCCAAAUCAUCCCCAUCAUGCUAUAUCUGACAAGCAUCGCUCUAUGUAGGUCUUGCUCUAACAAUCUAAUAGUUCACCAUCCAUACCUCAUCACCACCCGACCAAACCCACCACCCUCAACCACCCAUUCAAAAAUGCCCCUCUGGCAAAUCUACCACCCCGCUGGGACCUUCACAGACUCCCCCUCCAAACAAUCCUUCGCCGCAGACAUCACCAAAAUGUACGUCAGUAUCGGUCUCCCCGCAUUCUACGUGAUAGUCAACUUCAUCGAAAUGAACCCCAACGAUGUCUACGUCGGUGGAAAGACAAAACUCCCCACGGAGAAACCCUUCGUCCGGGUAGUAAUCACCCAUAUCGCGCGACACGUGCCUGAUAUUGAAACGGCCUACAUUCGCACCACCUCUCACCUAGACCAGAUCAUGAAGCCGCAUCUUCUCGACAGGGGGUAUGAUUUCGAGUACCAUGUGGAUGAGACAGAUCGACGGUUGUGGAAGAUCAAUGGGUUGAUUCCGCCGCCGUCAAACAGCGAGGAGGAGAAGAUUUGGGGGAGAGAGAAUAAAGCGGUGGUGUAUGAUGGGGCGUAUCCUACAUCGAUGCUUUAGGAUGUGGAAUGGACCUUGCAUAGUGGUGGAAGUGUGUUAAUAUGCUUGGUGUUGAUUAGGGCAUCCUCUCGAUGUGUUCUGUCUUAUGUGUGAUUGCAUUGUGAUAUUUCUAGCAUGGGAUCAUUGAGCGUAUUUCAUGUCUUUCACCC